CUGGCUUACGAUGGAACACAUUUAUUUCAAUCUUAAUUUAGUUUUUUGAAAAAUCUCAGGAUGUUAUUUCAAACUUUGGAAUGCUUGAAAUUUUACUAAAACAGCAAAACUGCUCAUAUUUUAUAACAACAAGUGAUAGUCUAUCUCUUCCACAGAAACAAUUGCAAAGGAGAGUUUUAAUUCGAUUGGUACAUCCAAAUUGACAAAAUGGAAGACCAGUAUAACAAAAUUGUCUUUUUUCAAAAACUUGGCUAUAAGGAGCUGGACAUUAGAAAAGUUUUGGAGAAAUUUGGAGAAAAAGCACUGGAUAAUGACAUUUUACAAGAACUUAUACUUACUGGAGAGAGACCGUAUAUAGAGAAUGUAUCAUCCGACCACUGCACUUCUGUAAGGCUUGUGGCACGUGGGUGCAGUGGAACUAGCAAUACCAAAAUGAUUCAUCUGGCAGAAGAGGAAAGCAGUGGUCCGACCUGCAACUUGCGAGCGAUUGUCAUAGAUGGCAGCAAUGUUGCAAUGAGUCAUGGACACAAGGAGCACUUUUCUUGUCGAGGUAUUCAGCUUGCGGUAGAAUGGUUUGAACAGAGAGGACAUGACUACAUUAAGGUUUUUGUUCCUUCAUGGAGGAAGGAAAAUCGAAAAGAUGCAGCCAUAACAGAUCAACAUAUUCUGGAAGACUUGGAGAAAAGAGCCAUUUUAGUUUACACCCCAUCUCGAACCACAAAUGGCAAAAGAAUUGUUUGCUAUGAUGACCGUUACAUUGUUAAGUUGGCCUAUGAAAUGGAUGGCAUUAUUGUAUCCAAUGAUAACUAUCGUGACUUACAGAGUGAAAAUGCAGAGUGGAAGAAGUUAAUUGAGGAAAGGCUGCUUAUGUACUCUUUUGUAAAUGACAGAUUUAUGCCUCCAGAUGACCCAUUAGGGCGUCAAGGUCCAUCUCUGUAUAAUUUUCUACGGAAAACACCUUCUCCGUUUCAUUCAGACAAAAGGCUUUGUCCAUAUGGGAAGAAAUGCACUUAUGGAAUGAAGUGCAAAUUUUACCACCCAGAAAGGCUAAAUGAUCCACAUCUGUCGGUUGCUGAUGAACUUAGAGCUAAAACAAACCAAGUUUCCACACAAUCAGGAGUAGAUAAGUUGUUAAAGAAGGGUCUUCAUGACACAUGUUAUGCCGCAUGCUCGGAGCCAAAUGUUUGGAAGAGGCCAGAGCAGCUUCAGAGAAUGAGAAUUCCAUCUCCGGGUUUCCAGAUGAAUCAGAUGAAAUUUCCUGAACAAAAGAGACAGCUGGGACAUGAUAUGUAUGAAAGGAACAACUGUAGCUACCAACAUGGAGUGGUUGGCCACAACCUCCCAAUGCAAAAUCAUACAAAAUGCAGAGAUUUAGAGGCAAUUGAAAAUUCCUUCUCAGGUAUGUAUGUUACAACAAAACCUUAUCUGCACGAAGCCUCUGAGCAACUUAAGGGCAGAAUGGCACAAGUACCAUGCAUAUGUGAUCAAUCUAGGAAUAAUCACACAUCAAUUUCCAUACCUCAUACACAUAGCUUGGAUUGUGUCUGCAUGAAGCAAUGUUGCCUACAAAGAACUUUCAUGUCAGACAGCUCUUCACACAACAUGUAUCAGCACAAAACAAUGGAGCAUUGCUGCUCUUUAAAUCAAUCUCAGGUACCACAGAAUAUUUUAUUUCCAAAUUCAAGCAAAUUUGGCAUGGUCAUCCAGAGUCCAGUAACACCCACCAUGUUGUACCAACAUGAUAAAGAAUAUAUUUAUAGUCAGCAAGUAGAAAAGUGGCUCAAUCUUGGCCGCCUUCCUUAUCAACAACCUUGUCACAUAAUGAAAAAUGGCUGUUACCCUCUAAGCUUGGAAAAUGGUAGGAACCACUCUAAGGAUGUACAAUACAAAAUUCGAAAAGAAAUUCACACUGCAUUAUGCGGUAUUUUCUCUGUUGAUGAGGUAAAUAAUGCUAUGACUCUCUUACCCACCACUACUGACACCAGACUCAUAAUUGAACAGAUUCAGAGAUCUAGAAGUUCACAGGCAUUGGGUUGAACUAAAAAAAAAAUGAAAGGAAAACACAAAGAAUAUGAUUGUGCUCACAACCACCAAUUAUUUGGCAGUUAUUUACUGCAUAAUAUUGGGCAACCACAUAUUGAAUUAAAAAUUCUGAUAUUCAUGAUUAUUCCAAAUAAAUCUUGGAUGUCAUACCAUGAAU